AUGAACUCAUUGCAAGAUUUACUCAAAUUCUCAAUGCACCUGCAAAGAGAUACCCGCAUAGCUCAAUUGACAGCGAUCCCAAAAACAGACUCUCUCACAACCAAUGCCACACUACCGAAACCCACCUUCAACCCUCCCCUUCAUGCUCUUCUCUUCUCUGACACGCUGGACGUACCGCAACUACGAGAAGAUGCAAGAAUUCUUUCCGGCGAAGAUGAAGCAGGUCAAUGGAUUCCUUCUGGCAAUCAUUGGCAUUCUCGUCAUAGUGCAACACAAGAAGCACGUUUGGCAGGCGCUUGGAUUCGUGCUCGUCUUGCACGUUAUUUGGCUCCUGUUGAUGGAAGAUGCAUUGAAUGGACAUAUGAUGAUGCAUAUGCACCGAAUAUCGUUUGUACGAUUCCCGUCGCUGGAUCUAAAAAGAAGCAUGAGCAGGAAGGAGUUGCGAUUCUUUCUGCUCACUAUGACUCACGUGGCACUUUUGGCUCCACCCGUGCGCCUGGAGCAGAUGAUGAUGGAUCGGGAACGACGAUGCUUUUGGCCGUUGCACGUCAUUUAGGCAAACAUCGAAUCGAAUUCAAUCGUGAGAUUCGAUUGGUAGCCUUUUCGGGUGAAGAACAAGGAUUGGUUGGAUCUAAGAAUUAUGCAAAACAUUUGCGAGAUAAGAAAACACCUGUUCAUUUCCAAUUACAAGCUGACAUGCUGGGUUACCGUAAACCAGGUGAACCGUUGCAAGUCGCUUUCCCGGACAAGUUGGCCACACAAGCUGCAACGGAUUAUGUGAUUGAUUUGGCGCGAUUGUAUGUGCCAGAGCUACAAAUUGGCUAUACUCCAGCAUGUUGUAGCGAUCAUCAAAGCUUUUGGGAACAAGGAUUCACAUCCACUUGGGUGUUUGAACGUAGAGCGCCAAUUGCAGAUCCAUGCUAUCAUGAUAGUUGUGAUUUGACAGAGAGAAAAGGUUAUGAUUUUGAACAAAUUCAAUCCAUUACAAAGUUAUGUUUGGCGACAGUGUUGGAUGUUGGAGGAGGAGUGGAUUGGCCGUAUUGA